UUGUGACACUGUCACACAGAUGUUUUGAGUUUGGAAAAUUGUUGGGGACAGCUGCUUUUUGAGAGUCUCUCUGGGUGCAGCAUGCUGACUUUUCUUUGGAAAUUCACUUUCUCUAAUGUCCUCAUCAUCUCCUGCUGUCAUAAUUAUGUGGACAAUUUGGAUAAACCAGCGAUCGCCAAAUAUUUCAACACAAAAGGGAGGUACGAAGAAGUAAACCUGCAUCUAAUAAAGGACAUACUUGCAGUAAACAGAUCUAUUUUACAGCCUCCAUCUGCAAAUUGUCAAGAAAUUCACCUGACUGCAAUAAUAAGACAUGGCACAAGGUACCCAACAAUCAAAAACGUCAAAGAGAUGAAGCAGCUCUACAACAUUGUCCUACACAAUGCCUCAGGCCAGGAGAGCUGGCUGCAUGAAAUCCAGACUCAGUGGACAAUGUGGUACACUGAGGACAUGGACGGUCGACUAGUCCAGAAAGGCGUGAUCGAUCUCAAGCAUCUGGCCAUCAGGCUGUCAAAGCUGUUCCCCUCACUGAUUUCAGAGGAGAAGCUCAGAGGUGGAUUCAUCAAAUUCAUAACCAGCUCCAAGCACAGGUGUGUCAACAGCACUCUGUCCUUCAAGGCAGGACUGACAGAGCUGUGGGCUAUUACAGAUAAGGAGUUUGACCAUGUAGUGAAUGAUGCUCUCAUGAGGUUUUUUGACCAGUGCACCAGGUUUGUGCAGGAAGUUGAAAACAACCCAUCAGCUCUGUCAGAGGUGGACAAGUUCAAGCAAGGACCAGAGAUGAGGAGGGUCAGGGAGAAGAUUGCAGACCGCCUUAGAGUCCCCUACAGUAACAUCACACAAGAUAUGACUGAGGCUGCAUUUUACCUGUGUGCUUAUGAAUUUGCGAUCAAGGCAGUGAACUCCCCUUGGUGUCAACUCUUCGAUGAGGAUGAUGCAAAGAUUAUGGAAUAUGCGAGUGACCUGACAGAAUUUUGGAAAAGAGGCUAUGGGUAUGAUAUCAACAGCAAGUCCAGCUGUAAUCUCUUCCAUGAUGUGUUUAACCGGCUGAACAAGGCAGCCAGCGAGAACAAGUCAGGCCAGCAGGUGACUGAAGCCGUGACAGUCCAGGUCGGCCAUGCAGACACCCUCCUGCCACUGCUCACCCUCCUGGGCUUCUUCAAGGACAGUGAUGCCUUGACUUCCACCAACUACGACACACAGACCCAACGCUCCUUCCGCACCAGCCACAUGUUACCCUAUGCAGCUAACUUGGUCCUGGUGCUAUACAACUGUGGGGGAGGCGACCUGAGGCUGCAGCCACUGCUCAACGAGAAGCCUGUGACUUUCCCCGGUUUGACUGACCAACAGGCCUCCAUGCCGCUCUAUCAAGACGUCAAAGAUCACUACAGGGAGCUGCUCCAAGGCUGUGACUUUGAGAGUGGCUUUAUUCUCUUUUAUUUGCGCACCUACCAUAAAUAUGUUAUUGGUUGAAUGAGCAUUUUGAUAGAUGCUCGGCUUUGGAAAUUUUAAAUAUGGAUUUCUUACACUUAAACAUUUUCAGGAGGUACUAACAUGUUUUUGGAAACACAGCUUCAAAUCUCUCGGACUCAUCAUAGACAAUCAACUCAGUUUUGAUCAACACAUCACUGACAUUCAUAAACAAUCCCAGCAAAGAAACCAAUGCCAUACAUGCACUCAGAGCACUGUCUAUUGCCCCUCCCCUGUUCCAGCCCAUCCUGCUGUAGCGUUCCCUGCUUCUUUACCAUGUUAACCAGCUUCAGCAAAAACUAAUUUAGCAGCAUCACACUCACUGUCUCUAAAAUCAUCUGCCUGCCCAAUCCCAAUCCCUCAAAUGUGAACUUCAGAGCUGUCACACAUCUAGCACUUAUGACACUGAUCAGCCCCUCACUUAAGACAUUACUUCUAUUCCAUCUGGCCGGAGAUACAGGACCCUUUAAACAGAGAAGAGCUUGUUUCAGCAGGAGAUUUGUCCCCUCCUCAAUAGCAGCCCUGAACAAUCGGCCUCGCAUACACUGUUGUGAGCUGGGAUGAUGAAUGCCUUCAUUGAGAUUUUGUGUACUGACUAUACAUAGGAUUUGUGGCUGUGUACAUAUAUCUAUAUGUCGCUAUGUUAAUAUCUGUAUGUUGCUAUGUGUUGCUAUGUGUACAGCCUGUGAAAACAAAUAUCCUUCUGGGACAAUAAAUCUAAAUCUGAAUGUUA